GUAAUCUUAUCACUCUUGUCUUGACUCGCCUGUGGAGUGUUGGCGGUGGCGUGAACACGUAGUACCUCUGACAGCAUCACCUGGCGGCGCUGGUAACGCGGAGAAACAUAGGUGUUGAAGCUGCUCUUCAUCCACCCAUGCUGCCCCUCUCACCGCAUCAAAAUUUCUCAAUACUAAUUCCUUUGGAUCUUCAUUAAUGCGUCUACCCCCAAGCAAGGAGGCGGAGUGUGACGCGCGUUGUGGCACCAAUACAGAGGCAGGCAGCCUGAAGCAAGGCCAGCAACACAGAGGCAGGCAGCCUGAAGCAAGGCCAGCAACACAGAGGCAGGCAGCCUGAAGGAAGGCCAGCAACACAGAGGCAGGCAGCCUGAAGGAAGGCCAGCAACACAGAGGCAGGCAGCCUGAAGGAAGGCCAGCAACACAGAGGCAGGCAGCCUGAUCCAUGGACGACAACGUGGAGGAAUGUCCAGUGUGCCUCACCAUCUUUGACGACACCCUCAGGCGGCCACGCACUCUGCCAUGUGGCCAUACAUUGUGCUCGCCGUGCAUUGACGGACUGAAGCACCAGGGUGCCGUCACGUGCCCAACCUGCCGGGCGAGUCAUGCCGUGCCCAAGGCGGGCCAGUUUCCCAUCUCUUAUAUUACGGAGAGUCUUAUCAGGAGACUGAGAGGGCUGGCCUCUCUGCCAGCCGAGCCAGGGAAGCAGACAGCCCCACCAGUGACACGGCCUGCACCAAAGGCGACAACGGGACUUAGCAGGAAGGCACAGUCCCUGCUGCAGGAGCAAGAGGCGAAGGUCCUGGCUGCCAUCCGUUCCUGCCAGGAGGAGCAGAGCCAGCUGGAUGAGUACCUGACGACCCUCGGUGGCUGGAGCAGUCGCCAGCAGCGGCUGCAAGACGAGCUGCAGACACUGGUGGACCAGAGCAAGAGUGCCCGGGAGGCGGUGCACCGCGAGGAGUCCCGGGUGGAGGGCAGGCAGGAGGAGGUGCGGCAGAAGGAGCAGCAGCUGCACGCCGCGUUGCAGGCGCUGCGCACGGCCGCAACACGGCAGGAAGCUUACGAGGUCAUUGAGGACACAGACCAUUUGGUGGAGAAGGACGGUCAGAGGACAGGGCAGUGCCUGGGAGUGUUUCCCGACGUCCACGCCGUCACCACCGUUGCCAGGGUGGCAGAGGCAUCGCGUGCAGCCCUGCAGGCCGCCACCACUGCCGCCGCUGCCACACAGGCAGCCCUGGAGGCAGCGGGCACUGCUGCUACAGCCUCGGGGGACUCCAGCCUCCCCGCAGCCUGGGCUGAGGCCUCCUCCAUCACAGACAGGCUGCAGGCACUGCUGGCGCCGCUGCUGACGGCCGAGGACCUGCACAGCCUGACACAGCAUGUUAAGAGCCUGGUGGAGGCUGGCCUUGUCUUUGCCGUCCAUGACGUGGAGGGACAGACUCGGCACGCAAGGAUCAGCCUUGAAGACGGCAGCCUGCACCUCCACUCCCUGCAGACCCAGGCCCCGCCCCCCCGCGCCGCCACCCUGCAGAUUGGGGAGUUGAUGCCGGCCGCCCCCCCCUGCGAAGUGUUCCUGGACCUGGCGUGGCCCGGCAGCGCGGCGCGGCGGGUGGUGAUGAGUCUGCCCCGGGACACCCCCGGGGGCCGGCAGUUCAUGCUCCUGUGCUCGGGCCAGCGGGGCGCCUGCUACGCCAACACCAGGCUGCUUAAGGUGGUGCGUGAGGGACAGCCGGGGGAGUGUGUGCGGGGAGGAGACUACCAGACAGGUGAUGGGAGGGGAGGAGCCGCCCUGCUGCCUCACCUUGACCAGGGUAAGUGUGCCGUCACCUGUGUUCACUGAGGUCAAGGUAAGAAGGCACUGACCCACCACUCCUGCCCGCCACUCCGCCUGCUCGCCUUCACUUGGGUGCGCUGGAGGUGUUUCAUCGCCUACGUUAAGACCUUGAUUAGAGCGGAAAAGCUUUGGUCUUCCGCGAGCCCAUAUUAAGUGCGAGCCUUCUGAAUUAACCAGCAGUGCUUGGUUUUAUUUUGAGCAGUAGGGCGAGGUCUGGGGUCUGUAAGGAUACCUAGAGGACAGCUCAGUAGCCUAUUCACGGUCAAGCAGGUAGACAGAACAACACUCCUGUAAGUCAGGCCACAACAGUCAUUACCUCCUUCGGUCAGGGUCCAGAAAAGUUUGUAAGAAGGGAUCACUAGAGGCGUUAAGCACGGUUUACACGCUACGAUAAAUUGUAGCGAUUUAUUGUAAUGAAAAGGUUGUUACAAUUUGUCGUUACGUGUAAACAGGAGAUCGUAGCGAUUUAUUGGAGUUGGAAUUGGAUUGAGUGGUUGGUGCCAGCAGGCUCAAAUCUAUAUGCAUCGUAACGACAAGUUUGAACGUGUAAACAAGGUUCCAAGAUAUCGUUACAAUCUAGCUCAUUUUCAGAUUGACUGCUGAAGUGUGAAGUCCUGGUGCGCAAGAGCUAAUUCGAAAUAUAAACUUAAUACACAGUGAUGGCGAAGCAAACUGUGUCUUGUUUCCUUAUUAAUGGAGAAACUAAAUUUAACAAUUCCAUAUAAGUGUCUUCUCCCAUUCUCAAAUAAUUUCGCCAGUCAUUCGGCUCAUCUCUCAAUGUAUCCAACAGAGUUAUAUGAGAAAACACUUGUUUUUUUCAUUAACCAAUCACGGCUCCAUUUCCUUUUUGAUUUUCGUUUUUUUCUUGAUCUUUCUCCCACUAAACACAUCCCAAAUGCAGACCACCAUAAUGUUUCUUCCAUGACGGUCAAGUAAAGACUAAAAAUAUUGGAUUAAAAAUCGUUGCAUGUAAACGCUCUUUCAAUCAUCCAAUAAAUCGUUACUAUCUCAGUGUUCAAUAAAUCGCUACAAUUUAUCGUAGCGUGUAAACCGUGAAUUUAGCAGAAUUGUCUGUGGUGCGUAGGGACUGGCUGAAUCCCGGUACAAACCAAUGGGAAAAUAAGCACGCUAGGUAUCAGAGUCAACAGUGUCUGAGGUGAGGUGAGGGGGGAAAGUGUGUACGUUGCGGAUGCCGGCAGAGACAGAGAGCGAGAGAGAGCGAGAAUUGGUGAUGUGACAUGUGGGAAAGUCUGAAUGUGUUGGAUGAAAAAAAUAAACUACAAACUACU